GAACCGAGCAAGAAUGACCACAUCCAAAAUGUAAAUCAAAGCAGUUGACCUUUUAUCCUUUCAUCCUCGUAUUUACUCAAAUCGGAUGACGUCUCCGUAUGUACCGCCUAUAUUUUUAAUCGUACAUUAUUUUGGUGAUCUGAAUGUACUUCUUACCGAAGCUUUGAUACGCCGUCGCUCUCGGAUGAGCCACCAGCCAGCGGCCCCUCCCGCCCCCUUUCCUCCGUGCAAGGUGGAUCGAAUCGGGCGAUACUGAGCUCCGGGGGCCGCGGUUGUGGCAGCCAUGAGCUCCGGGGAAGGAGUAGAGGAGCCGACGAAGGAAGCCGGAGAAAUAGCGCUCAGGACAGAUGGAUCUCUCCCCAAGGAGCCGAAAGGAGAUGUGUCCGGCCAGAUUGCAGGUUUUAGGAGAAAUGAGGACAUGAGAGCGAUGGAGGUGCUUCCCAUCCUUAAAGAAAAAGUGGCUUUCUUGUCAGGUGGCAGGGACCGACGCGGUGGUCCAGUGUUAACCUUUCCGUCACGCAGCAACCACGACAGAAUACGAACGGACGACCUGAGGAGACUGAUUGCUUAUCUGGCCGGCAUACCCAGCGAGGAAGUCUGUAAACAUGGCUUCACGGUCAUCGUGGACAUGCGCGGCUCCAAGUGGGACAGCAUCAAGCCACUCCUGAAGAUCCUGCAGGAGUCGUUCCCGUCGUGCAUCCACGUCGCGCUCAUCAUCAAGCCUGACAACUUCUGGCAAAAGCAAAGGACCAAUUUCGGAAGCUCCAAGUUUGAGUUUGAGACUACCAUGGUGUCACUAGAAGGUCUGACAAAGGUGGUGGACCCCUCCCAGUUGACGUCGGACUUUGACGGCAGCCUGGACUACAACCACGAAGAGUGGAUUGAGGUCCGCGUGGCGUUUGAGGAGUUCUCCGGUCACGCUACGCAGAUGCUCGCCCGGCUGGAUGAGAUGCAGGAAACGGUGUCACGUAAAGAUUUCCCUCAGGACCUGGAGGGAGCGCGGAGGAUGAUCGAAGAACACGCCACGCUAAAGAAGAAGGUCAUCAAAGCGCCCAUAGAGGAACUGGACACAGAGGGACAGAGACUACUGCAGCGGAUCCAAAGCAGCGACCCCUCAUCGAGCCGCAACGGCAGCAGCGGUGGCGGGGGCACGAGCAGCGGCGGAAGCGGGGUGUGCAACGCCGACACCCAGGGGCUGGUGCCGCGCAUCAACCAACUGCUGGACAAGUUGCACACCACUCGGCAGCAUCUCCACCAGGCCUGGCACGUCCGCAAGCUGCAGCUGGACCAGUGCUUCCAGCUCCGCCUCUUCGAGCAGGACGCCGAAAAGAUGUUUGACUGGAUCCUGCACAACAAGGGUUUGUUCUUGGCAGGCUACACUGAGAUUGGCAACAACCACCCGCACGCUGCGGAGCUGCAAACCCAGCACAACCACUUUGCUAUGAACUGCAUGAAUGUCUACGUGAACAUCAACCGGAUCAUGUCGGUGGGCAACCGGCUACUGGAGUCGGGCCAUUACGCCUGCCAUCAGAUCAAGCAGAUCUCCAGCCAGCUAGAGCAAGAGUGGAAGGCCUUUGCCGCCGCGCUGGACGAGCGCAGCACGCUGCUGGAGAUGUCCGCCAGCUUCCACCAGAAGUGUGAACAGUACAUGAGCAACGUGGACUCGUGGUGCAAGGCGUGCGGCGAAGUGGAUUUACCCUCCGAGCUUCAAGACCUGGAAGACGCCAUUCAUCACCACCAAGGCAUAUUCGAGCACAUCACCGCUGCCUACUCGGAGGUGAGCCAGGAUGGCAAAGCACUGUUGGACAAACUGCAGCGGCCGCUCACGCCGGGCAGCCCCGACUCGCUGACGGCGUCGGCCAACUACUCCAAGGCGGUGCAUCACGUCUUGGACAUCAUCCAUGAGGUGCUGCAUCACCAGAGGCAACUGGAGAACAUCUGGCAACACCGCAAGGUCCGUCUGCACCAACGACUGCAGCUCUGCGUCUUCCAGCAAGACGUCCAACAGGUGCUGGACUGGAUCGAGAACCACGGCGAGGCCUUCCUCAGCAAGCACACGGGCGUGGGCAAGUCCCUCCACAGAGCUCGAGCCCUCCAAAAACGACACGAAGACUUUGAGGAGGUGGCCCAGAACACUUACACCAAUGCAGACAAGCUGCUGGAGGCGGCCGAGCAGUUGGCCCAGACGGGAGAGUGCGACCCGGAGGAGAUCUACCAGGCCGCCCACCAGCUCGAAGACCGGAUCCAAGACUUUGUUCGCCGCGUGGAACAACGCAAAGUCCUGCUGGACAUGUCUGUCGCUUUCCACACGCACGUUAAAGAGCUAUGGACCUGGCUGGAGGAUCUCCAGAAGGAACUGCUGGACGACGUGUACGCCGAGUCGGUGGAAGCCGUCCAGGAUCUGAUCAAACGCUUCGGGCAGCAGCAGCAGACCACGCUGCAGGUCACCGUCAAUGUCAUCAAGGAGGGCGAGGACCUCAUCCAGCAGCUCAGGGACUCGGCCAUCUCCAGCAACAAAACGCCGCAUAAUAGCUCCAUCAACCACAUCGAGAGCGUGCUGCAUCAGCUGGACGAAGCUCAGGCCCAGAUGGAGGAGCUCUUCCAGGAAAGGAAGAUCAAGCUGGAGCUCUUCCUCCAGCUCCGCAUCUUCGAGAGGGACGCUAUUGAUAUUAUCUCCGACCUGGAGUCGUGGAACGAAGAGCUGACGGGUCAGAUGAACGAGUUUGACACGGAGGACCUGACGGUGGCCGAGCAGAGGCUGCAGCAUCACGCCGACAAAGCCUUGACCAUGAACAACCUCACCUUCGACGUCAUCCAUCAGGGACAGGAGCUGCUUCAAUAUGUUAAUGAAGUCCAGGCCUCUGGCGUCGAGCUGCUGUGCGAUCGUGACGUGGACAUGGCGACCCGCGUUCAGCACUUGCUGAAUUUCCUCCACGAGAAGCAGCAGGAGCUGGACGUGGCUGCCGAGCAGCACCGCAGGCACUUGGAGCAGUGCGUUCAACUGAGACACCUUCAGGCCGAGGUCAAACAGGUUCUGGGUUGGAUUCGAAAUGGAGAGUCCAUGUUAAACGCGGGACUCAUCACGGCCAGCUCCCUGCAGGAAGCUGAGCAGCUGCAGAGGGAACAUGAACAGUUCCAGCACGCCAUUGAGAAGACCCACCAGAGUGCCCUGCAGGUUCAACAGAAGGCCGAGGCACUGCUGCAGGCCAACCACUAUGACAUGGACCUGAUCAGGGACUGCGCCGAGAGCGUGGCGUCCCACUGGCAGCAGCUUAUGCUCAAAAUGGAGGACAGGCUCAAGCUGGUCAACGCCUCUGUGGCCUUCUACAAAACCUCGGAGCAAGUGUGUAGUGUGCUGGAAAGCCUGGAGCAGGAGUACAAGAGGGAGGAGGACUGGUGCGGAGGAGCGGAUAAACUUGGGCCCAACUGCGAGACGGACCAUGUGACCCCCAUGAUCAGUAAACACUUGGAGCAGAAGGAAGCCUUCCUCAAGGCGUGCACGCUGGCCAGGAGAAACGCCGACGUCUUCCUCAAGUACAUGCACAGGAACAGCGUCAACAUGCCGGGAUUGCUGAGUCACGUCAAAGCUCCGGAGCAGCAAGUUAAAAACAUCCUCAAUGAAUUGCUGCAGAGAGAGAACCGUGUCCUCCACUUCUGGACCAUGAGGAAGCGGCGUCUGGACCAGUGUCAGCAGUACGUGGUGUUUGAACGCAGUGCCAAACAGGCCCUUGAGUGGAUUCACGACACGGGCGAGUUUUACCUCUCCACGCACACCUCCACUGGAUCAAGUAUCCAUCACACGCAGGAGUUGUUGAAGGAGCACGAGGACUUUCACAUCACCGCCAAGCAAACCAAGGAGCGCGUGAAGCUGCUCAUCCAACUGGCCGACGGCUUCUGCGACAAAGGUCACAGCCACGCCGGCGAGAUCAAAAAAUGGGUGACGGCCGUGGACAAGCGCUACCGAGACUUCUCCCUACGAAUGGACAAAUAUCGAUGCAGCCUGGAAAAAGCCUUGGGCAUCUCGUCCGACUCCAACAAAGCCAGUAAGGAUCUCCAACUGGACAUCAUUCCCGCCACAGCUCCGGGCUCGGACGUCAAGCUGAGGGACGCCGCCCACGAGCUCAACGAGGAGAAGCGCAAGUCUGCCCGCAGAAAAGAGUUCAUCAUGGCUGAGCUGAUUCAGACGGAAAAGGCCUACGUGCGAGACCUGCGGGAGUGCAUGGAUACUUACCUGUGGGAGAUGACGAGCGGGGUGGAGGAGAUCCCGCCAGGAAUCCUCAAUAAGGAGCACAUCAUCUUUGGGAACAUGCAGGACCUUUAUGAAUUUCACCAUAACAUCUUUCUCAAAGAGCUGGAAAAAUACGAACAGUUGCCUGAAGAUGUCGGCCACUGCUUUGUCACAUGGGCUGACAAGUUCCAAAUGUAUGUGAAUUAUUGCAAGAACAAGCCAGACUCCACUCAGCUCAUCCUGGAGCAUGCUGGGAAUUAUUUUGAUGAAAUUCAGCAGAGGCACCGACUGGCCAACUCAAUCUCCUCCUACCUGAUUAAGCCUGUGCAGAGAAUCACAAAAUAUCAGCUCCUGUUAAAGGAGCUGCUGACAUGCUGUGAAGAAGGCAAAGGCGAGAUCAAGGACGGCCUGGAGGUGAUGCUGAGCGUUCCCAAGAGAGCCAACGACGCCAUGCAUCUCUCCAUGUUGGAAGGUUUUGAUGAGAACAUAGAAACGCAAGGGGAACUGAUCCUCCAGGACUCCUUCCAGGUGUGGGAUCCAAAGACUCUGAUCCGUAAGGGGCGAGAAAGACACCUCUUCCUCUUUGAGAUGUCUCUAGUCUUCAGUAAGGAGGUCAAGGACUCCAAUGGCAGGAGCAAAUACAUCUAUAAGAGCAAACUCUUUACCUCCGAGUUGGGGGUGACGGAGCACGUUGAAGGUGACCCCUGCAAGUUUGCGCUCUGGCUGGGGCGCACGCCGACGUCGGACAACAAAAUUGUUCUGAAGCUAAGUCAGGGAUCCAAACACGGAGCCAUGGCCUCCAACAUUGAGAACAAGCAGGAUUGGAUCAAGCACAUCAGGGAGGUGAUCCAGGAGCGCACCAUCCACCUGAGGGGGGCGCUCAAGGAGCCCAUCCAUAUUCCCAAAGCGAGCACUGCCAAGCACCACAAAGGCCGAAGGGACGGAGAGGAUCUUGACAGUCAAGGUGAAGGCAGCAGUCAACCAGACACAAUUUCUCUGGCCUCUCGCACGUCCCAGAACACGCUGGACAGCGACAAGCUCUCCGGCGGUUGCGAGCUGACGGUGGUGAUCCACGACUUCAUGGCGAGCAACAGCAACGAGCUGACGGUGCGACGAGGACAGACGGUGGAGGUUCUAGAGCGCUGCCACGAUAAGCCCGACUGGUGCCUGGUGAGGACCACCGACCGCUCGCCGGCCCUGGAGGGCUUGGUGCCCUGCUCCGUUCUAUGUAUCGCCCACUCCCGCUCGUCCAUGGAGAUGGAAGGCAUCUUCAACCACAAAGACACCUUGUCAGUGUGCAGCAAUGACUCCAUCAUGCCAGGAUCUUCUGCGACACUUCAGCCUGGUCAUGGAAUGGGCUCCCACGCUUCACCGGGCCCAAAGCGACCAGGCAACACUUUGCGCAAGUGGCUCACCAGCCCAGUGCGGCGGCUGAGCAGCGGCAAAGCGGACGGCCACGUGAAGAAGCUGGCCCACAAGCACAAGAAGAGCCGCGAGGUGAGGAAGAGCAGCGAGAUGACGAUGGGAUCUCAGAAAGACUCGGACGAUAGCGCCGCCACGCCUCAGGAUGAGACCGUGGAGGAGAGGGUGCGCAACGAGGGCCUGUCGAGCGGCACCUUGUCCAAAUCCAGUUCUUCGGGUAUGCAGAGCUGCGGCGAGGAGGAAGGCGAGGAGGGCCCCGACUCGGUGCCGCUGCCUCCACCUAUGGCCAUCCAGCAGCAUAGCCUGCUCCAGCCGACCGACUCGCAGGACGACAAGAGCUCCUCUCGUCUUUCCGUCCGCCCUUCCAGCUCGGAGACGCCCAGCGCUGCUGAGUUGGUGAGCGCCAUCGAGGAGCUGGUCAAAAGCAAGAUGGCUCUCGAGGACCGUCCCAGCUCGCUGUCAGUCGAACAAGGAGACAGCAGCUCUCCCUCGUUCAACCCCUCGGACAACUCCCUCCUCUCCUCGUCCUCCCCCAUGGAAGAGAUAGACGAGCGGCGGGCUAGCAUUCUCAAGAAGCGACAUUACAUUCUGCUGGACUUGGUGGAAACGGAGAGGGAUUACAUCCGAGAUCUCAGCCAGGUGGUGGAGGGUUACAUGAGCCGGAUGAAGGAGGAGGGCGUCCCUGAUGACAUGAAGGGCAAAGAUAAAAUUGUGUUUGGCAACAUCCAUCAAAUCUUUGACUGGCAUAAAGACUUCUUCCUCACCGAGUUGGAGAAAUGUUUGGAGGAUCCCGACAGACUGGGACCGCUCUUCCUCAAACAGGAGCGGAGACUAAACAUGUAUGUGGUGUAUUGUCAAAACAAGCCCAAGUCGGAGCACAUUGUGGCGGAGUACAUCGAUACAUACUUUGAGGAACUGAAGCGGCGGCUUGGCCAAAGAGUGCAGCUCACCGAUUUGCUCAUCAAGCCAGUCCAGAGGAUCAUGAAGUACCAGCUCUUGCUCAAGGACUUCCUGAAACAUUCUAAAAAAGCAGGCCUGGAGUCUGUAGAUCUGGAGAAAGCAGUCGAGGUCAUGUGCAUCGUACCUAAAAGGUGCAACGACAUGAUGAACGUUGGCCGGCUUCAGGGAUUUGAAGGUAAGAUCGUGGCCCAGGGACGCCUUCUGCUGCAGGACACGUUCAUGGUCACGGACGCUGAGAACAGGAUGAAGGAGAGGAGAGUCUUCCUCUUUGAGCAGCUUCUCAUCUUCAGCGAACCGCUGGACAAGAAGAAGGGCUUCUCCUUGCCCGGCUUCCUGUAUAAGAACAGCAUCAAGGUGAACAGUUUGGGUCUGGAAGAUAACGUGGAGGGCGACCCCUGCAAGUUCGUGCUAACUUCUCGCUUGACAAACGGCACCGUGGAGUCGUUUACGCUGCACUCCUCUCACCCGGGCGUGCGCGAAGUUUGGACUCUUCAGAUCGGCCAGAUGCUGGAGAGCCAACGCAAUUUUCUAAAUACUCUGACUUCACCAAUUGACUGUCCGAGAAACCACGUUGGGGCGAGUGGGGAGUCUUGUGUAUCCAGCGUGGGUGCUCCAGUUGGAGGUAGUAGUGGAUCUAACGCCGCCGGAAGUUCCCCGGCGAGCAGCUCCAUCCCUCCAGCGUCCCAAGGUGGCUGUCGUCGACCAUCCAGGAUCCCCCAACCCUCUCGCCUCCCCCAACCCCUCCGCCACCACCCCGGGGCCGAACCCGACAGCCCCAACAAGAUGUCAGGUCCAAGUCCCCGUCCUGUUCCCCCUCCCACGCUCCCCCCUGGGGGCAGUCCGCAGGGCAAACGCCCCAUCCAGAACCUAGAGGACCAGGUACAGACCCCCACGAGCAUUGUCGCUCCUAUGGUCCGUGCCGCUCCCUCCCCCAAAACCCGGCCCGGAGCCGUGCCCCCUUUGGCCCCUCUGGCUUUAGUCAAGGACGUCCUUCCGCCACCCCCGGGCAGCCCCUGUCAGAAGUCCGGCGGCUUCUGGAGCUCCAUGCCAGGCUCUCCGGCGAGCCGCCCCGGCUCGUUCACCUUCCCCGGGGAGGCAGGGGAGAUUCCGGUCCGUCAGAAUUUGAACCAGAACCCAAAUCAAAGACACUCCACGCACAGCAAGGACGCUGACCGCAUGAGCACCUGCUCGUCCGCCAGCGAGCAGUCCAUCCAGUCCACUCAGAGCAACGGGAGUGAAAGCAGCAGCAGCAGUAGCGUGUCCACCAUGUUGGUGACCCAAGACUACAUGGCGGUGAAGGAGGAUGAGAUUAGCGUGAGUCAAGGCGAGGUGGUCCAGAUUUUGGCCAGCAACCAGCAAAACAUGUUCCUGGUGUUCCGAGCGGCGACCGAGCAGGGCCCCGCCGCCGAAGGCUGGAUCCCCGGAUUCGUCCUUGGCCACACCUCAGCCAUUGCGCCCGAUUGCCCCGAGGGAUCAGUUAAUAGGAAGCCUUCUUCCUGGCAUACGACUUUGCGCAUCCGAAAGAAAUCCGAAAAAAAAGAGAAGGAGGCAAAGAAAGACACCAAGUUGGAAAAUGGUUACAGGAAGUCCAGAGAUGGCAGUAAAGUUUCCGUGAAGCUUCUAAAUCCAAACUACAUCUACGAUGUCCCACCCGAGUUCCUCGCGCCUCUGAGCGACGUCACAUGUGACAACGGCGAGAACGUCACCCUCAGGUGUAAGGUGUGCGGGCGUCCUCGCGCCGCCGUCACCUGGAGAGGACCCAACCAGAGCAACCUCACCAACAACGGCCGUUUCAGCAUCGCUUACAGUGACACCGGCGAAGCCACCCUGCGGAUUAUCGGCGUGGCGUCGGACGAUGACGGCGUGUACACGUGCGUCGCCGCCAACGAGCUGGGCAGCGCCACGUCGGCGGCGAGCCUCCGAGUGCUCGCCGUGUCCACUGACGGCUUGCGAGUGAGCUGGAAAGACAACUUCGACUCUCAGUACAUCGAGGUGGUCGAACUGGGCAGGGGUCGCUUCUCCGUUGUCAAGCGUUGUGACCACCGGACCACCAAGCGUCCAGUGGCUGUCAAGCAAGUGAACAAAAAGCUGAUGAGGCGGGACCGCGUCACGCAGGAAGUCAACCUGCUCCACAGGCUUCAACAUCCCAACAUCAUCAACCUGGUGGACACCUAUGAAACCCCCAGCAGCUACGUUUUGGUCUUGGAGAUGGCCGACCAAGGCCGUCUACUGGACUACAUCAUCAGCUGGGGCAAUCUGACAGAGGAGAAGGUGGCCUGCUAUCUUCGAGACCUUUUAGAUGCUUUACAUUACUUGCACAACAGCAGAAUAGCUCAUCUGGACGUCAAACCUGAGAACCUACUGGUGGUCCACAGUUCCAACGGCCAGCCGUUGGUCAAACUGACCGACUUAGGCGACGCCGUGCAACUGGGCGGCGCACCCUACGUGCACCCGCUGCUGGGCAGCCCCGAGUUCGCUUCGCCGGAGUUAGUGUUGGGAGAACCCGUGUCGUUGACGUCUGACGUGUGGAGCGUGGGCGUGGUGGCCUACGUGCUGCUGAGCGGCGCCUCGCCCUUCCUGGACGAGAGCGCCGAGGAGACCUGUCUCAACAUCUGCCGUCAGGACUUCAGCUUCCCCAAGGAGUACUUCCACGGCGUCAGCCAGGCGGCACGCGACUUGGUCUGCCUGCUCCUUAGGACCGAGCCCGCCGAGAGGCCGUCGUCGGGGCUGUGCUUGCAGGAGGCGUGGCUGCGGGCGGCCAGUGACGACCGCGCCGCAGGCGAGUGCUGCAUUGACACCUCGCGCCUGGUCUCUUUCAUCGACCGCCGGAAGCAUCAGACGGACGCCCGGCCCAUCGGAGGAGUGCGCAGCUUCAUCCAGAGUCGCUUGCAGAAUCGGAUCUGAACGAGGGUUGCAAAGGGCUGGGAGAUUUUCCCCUCAACUUUUCCGGUAAAUCUCCAUGGGAAGUGUGGAGUUUUAAAACUCCUCCUUCAUUGGUAGAAAAAAAAAAAAAAACGCCCGCCCCCAACAACAUUAAUUAAGAACCAGACUUUUCUUAUCGACCAUUUUAAUUCUCCUCACUUCCCAUGGGAAUAUUCCGAUUUUGAAAAUUCCUAUAAUUUUGCAACCCAAGUCAGAGCAACCAUAGGGAAUGUUUGCUAUGCCGACAAAAACGCUGAGUUUAUCCUUCUUCACAAAAAAAAAAAUCACUCAGUCCUUUCGGAGUGCAUGGAUGCCCUCGUCUACUGCUGCUUGCUCACAUUUUUGUAGGGAAAUCAACAACAAAAAGAAUAUAUAUAGUACUGUAUAAGUAAUUUAUUUUCCUUAGCAAAGGUUCAAAGGCAACCAGCGGACAGCUUUUCCAUAGAAAGUGACGCCAUCUUGUGCGUUUUUGUUUGCAUUUUACACUCCAACAUACUUUCGUAAAUUUCUACAAAAAGACACGCACGGACUCCAUUUUGAGGACCAUUGUCGGCGAGCCGUGAAGACUUUCAAAUACGCCGUCCAGCGAGACACCUAACAACAAGAGAGAAAAAAAAAACAUUGUUAAAGGAACAUGUUUCAGCCUUACUUUGUCUUACUUACUCAUAAAAAAUCUGGGAUGUUAGGCAAGAUCCGUAUCUCAAAUUUCUUCUCAAGUAUAUGACUCAUUCGCCUGAGGAAAACAAAAGUGUAAAUGCACUCAUCGUACAUUUCUUUUUCUCAUGUGCAAUGUUGCAGCUUUAACAUUUUAUGCAACUAUUUAUGAAGAACUCCGUCAAUAUGUAUAAUAAGAAUGAGUGCAUUUGGAAGAUAUGCACUUUGGGACUGCGAGAACUGCUGGUAGUCGCGUGUCAUGGGCUACAAUCAUUCGAUUUGAUCAAAUUUUUCUUUGUACUGUUUGUCCUGUGUAGUAUUGGUACACCAAAGUUGCGAGCAUUUAAUUUGUUAACGUUUUAUUGUUGUUUCACACACUUGGUUAUGUGAAAUGAUUGUUUACAGAAGGCAAAAAGAACAAAAUGCAGAAGUGAAGUUCAAUUUGACGAGCUGUUUUGUAAAUCGUUUUGUGUACAGAUAGUUCUUUGCCAAAUUCAGUAAACUCAUAAAGUCCUGUGUAACAUUUUAUUUAUUUUUUAAGGUGUGCAAACUUGAACUGGAUACCUCAGUUUAGGUUUUUUUUGUUUGUUUUGUCCUGUUUUUUUUUUUUUGUUACCUGUCUCAUUUCACUCAUUUCAUAAAGUAUGUCUGCUACUUGUUUUUGUUUUGUACUAUUGCAUGUAUAUUUCUUUGUACAGACCAUAAAUUCCUUGUAAAUAGUUUCAUUUUGCCAUCAGUUAUUUGAAGAUUAAACGUAAUGGACAUGA